AUGGCUGAGCAAGUACGUGCAUCUCACCUGCUAAUUAAGCAUAAGGGCUCGCGCCGUCCCGCUUCACGUCUGUCUGACAACAUUACGCGCUCAAAGGAAGAAGCAAUUCAACAGCUACUUGAGCUGCGCUCGCAGAUUGUGUCUGGCCAGGCCAAGUUUGAGGACCUGGCAAAGCAAUUUAGCGAUUGCAACAGCGGUACGCGCGGUGGUGACCUUGGUCCUUUUGGCCGUGGCAUGAUGCAAAAACCGUUUGAAGACGCUACAUUUGCACUUAAGAUACCAUAG